UUUUGAUUUGCCAUUUCCUUGGGACAGCCUGAAGGGAGAAUCGAAAGAAGUUCUUGUCAGUAUGGUUGCAUAACACUGAGUCGGAGAUUGUGAAAUGUCCUUUGAGAAAAAUGUACGGGCAGGAAGAUGAAUAGGUGUCUGUUUGAUUAAGGCUCUCCUUCGGAAAGAUGUCGGACACGGCAGUAGCUGACACCCGGCGCCUUAACUCGAAGCCGCAGGACCUGACCGACGCUUACGGGCCGCCAAGUAACUUCCUGGAGAUCGACAUCUUUAAUCCUCAGACGGUGGGCGUGGGACGCGCGCGCUUCACCACCUAUGAGGUUCGCAUGCGGACAAACCUACCUAUCUUCAAGCUGAAGGAGUCCUGCGUACGGCGGCGCUACAGUGACUUUGAGUGGCUGAAAAAUGAGCUGGAGCGAGAUAGCAAGAUUGUAGUACCACCACUGCCUGGGAAAGCCUUGAAGCGGCAGCUCCCUUUCCGAGGAGAUGAAGGGAUCUUUGAAGAGUCUUUCAUCGAAGAAAGGAGGCAGGGCCUCGAGCAGUUUAUUAACAAAAUUGCUGGGCACCCACUGGCUCAGAAUGAACGCUGCCUACACAUGUUCCUGCAGGAGGAGGCAAUUGACAGGAACUACGUCCCGGGGAAGGUGCGCCAGUAGGAGCCCCUCUCACCACCUGCCCUCUACUUUCCUGCUGAAAUGACAUUGGUUUUUACACUAAGCCUCUCUCUGUCUUUGAUCUGAAGUUGGCUGCCCAUCUCCUGGCCUGAUAGACUGUCUGGCAUUGUGCUCCCUGGUACCUGACUACACCAUGUGGGCACUCUGCUAGGAUCCUCUUCUCUGAGGAGAGGUGGGAACCCACAGGCAGAUGCCCUUUGCUUGGGGUUGGGGUGGGUGGGUGGGGGGAUUAGACUGGACGGCAAUUUCUUGGGCAUUUACCCAUGCCGGAAGGCUAACCUGGGGGGAGGGGGGCGCUUGUGCUGGUGAGGCACUUGGAUACAUACUGAUGCUGCAAGUCCAGGGGAUUUUUCUUACUCUUAGGUUUAACCAAGAACACCGAGCAGGGAAAAACCCUGCCUUUCCUAACUGCAUGUAUUUUUUCCUUUUUGGAAAGGUGGUAGAGACUCAGAAGCUUUCCUUGUUUUCUCUAGGCCUGCUCCCAGUUUUCUUAACAGUUUCUUUUGUUGCUUUCUCUCUCCUUUGUUGCUUUCCAUGGCAGUAAUCCUCCUAGAGUCCAAGCAGUCUGUUGUAUGGAACAGGGUGUGUGGGUUUUCUGGGCCCAUCAUUAUGGCUGCUUCAGAGUCAGAAGAAAGCCAUAGGGCAGUAGGGGAGCUCCUAUUGCCUAGCCCUUCUCCCUUUGUGGCUCCCACUCUAGCUGCCUAUUUUUGCUCAUCAGCUGGUGAGUCAGUAUGGGCCAGGAGUUCUCCCUCCCUAAGCCCUUGCUACUUUAUGGGUUAGCUUUGCAGGUUUGGUGGCUUGAGGGGUGGGGGCAACUCACCACUGCCAGGUAACUCCCUGAAGGGUGGGAGUGGAUUAUCUUCUAGGCUCUUCCCGGCGGUAGGGAAGGGCAUCAACACUGUCUUCCUUCCAUUCUCCUUUCCCCCAUCCCAUUUAGUGCUGCCACAGGGCAGAAGCACACAAACCAACCACACAGUCUCUGACUUCUCCUAAGCACUUUGAGCUGUUGAAUGGGGCUCAGGGGCAAGAAUUUUUGCUGCCCUCCCCAGCGUGGUCACAGGGUUAUUGAACUGCCUGCACUUGUUUCUCAUGCAACUCCAGCAUUUUCUCCAGAAGUUGAACUAUGGAUAGCAGCUUGGUAUGGAUUUCCUAAAUCUUAACAUCUGAAGCAGCUUCUUGAGGCUGGCAACUAUCCUGGUUUCUGUCUGGGAGGGGGUGGUUUGUUUGCUGGGGCCCAAUGUCUGUCCUAAGUGGUGGGGUGAGAGCAAGUUAACUUUGGUGCCAGAUGAGAGGUGGGGGCUCUUUGCUUAGACUCCUUAUCAUGGAAAGAUUGGAGUUUUCUAUGCAGGGCGUUGGGGAAAAGGAUUACUGAUUCUGACUGACCCUGAUCAGAGGGAUUAGGAUUGUAUUUUGACAUAGGAUUUGGAGCCCAUCUAAAUGUUGAAGUUCCUUGAGACAGCUCUCCAGCUGCUGAGCCUGUGCCAGGGGCUAAGCAGCCCCAAAUGAGAGGCUCUGCUCCCUUUCCCACCUCGCCAAUGUUGUUGUUGCUGCCUUUUUGAUUUGUAUCCUCUGUUAUAGACAUUUUUUAAAAACGAUUUCUUCUUUCAUUGUGCACAAGUGCUGAGAGUCUGAGGCCCCAUUUCUGCUGUGUAUAUAUAUCCUGACUCGGGGCUUUUAUUCAGCAAACUGUUCAUUCUUCUGUCAGACAAUGUCAUAUUCAACUCUGUUCAUAUUAAACCACUGUGAAGCAAGCCUCUGUUUUCCUGCUUAAGUUGUAAAUUUAGUAUUUUUUAGUGUCUAGGAUAUGCUGGGUAUUAUGCAGAAAUCAUACAAUGUGGCCAGUGUCCUGAGGUAAUGUUUUGCAUUUAAAUUUUUUUUAAAAAGCAGAAUCUUAACUUAUCUUAAUGAUAUUUACCUAUCCUUUUUGCAACUCACAGCUGACUUUGUCACAGAGGUAAUGCAUCUGCUUGCAGGAAGUAGCUGUAGGCUCAGUACCUGUGGUUUGAGUCACAUUUAGCAGAUUUGGUUUUUAAGCUUGUGGGUUUGUGCUAAUUUGGGCAGAAUAUAUUUAUUAUAUAUAUUUAUAUGUGUGUGUGUGUGUGUGUGUCUGCAUAUGUAAUACAUGUACAUAAACACAUGAAUGUGUUCAUCCUCUGACACACCCACACAACACCAACAAACAUUUCUUCUAUAGGCUUUUUACCUCAAUUGACACUGUUGUUUUUUUUUUUUUUUUCCAAAUAAGUUUGACACAGGCAGAAAGGUGGGUGAACUCUCAGAACUUUUGGCGGGUGGAUAUUCAUCUGACCAUUGAGCUCUGAAAUGGUUUCCCUACACAGAGAGGGUUUUGGCAAGGGUUGGAAUGAGAGGAGGUAGCAGUCUUGUCAUUUAGAAAAUCAAAGCUAGUUUUAAUGUAGUUCAACAUGGAAAGAAGGUAUAGAAAGUGAUGCGUUUAAAACAUUAGCAAAUUAAGGCUGAAUGUAGUUGGCUUAUGCAUGCCUGUAAUCCCAGCAUUUUGGGAGGCUGAGGCAGGAGGAUUGCUUGAGCCCAGGAGCUUGAAACCAGCCUGGGCAACAGAGUGAGACACUGUCUCUACAAAAAAUUUCAAAAGAAAAAAAAAAAGGAAAUUAAUAUUACUUAGCAGUAUUUGGUUCUAAGCAGAAGAGUGGGGGCUGUGAGGAAGUUGAGGUUUCUGGUAGUUCAUGAAUGAGAUGACUAAAAAUAUCUGAGGGGAUAGGGAAGAAUGGGUAUUUCUGUGAAAUAAAGGAAAGUAAGGGUAAAGAGAGAUGCAACCUUCGUAGGCAGCAGUGUUGAGAAUGAACUGCAGAAUAAAUAGAAAAGCAGCUAUAAAAUAAAGUGUUAACAAAAAUUUGGACAGAUGACAACUCAUUUAACAAGUGCUAAUAGUCUUCUGUGUCUGGUCCUAUGCUAACAGCAGGGCUGGGGAUAGGGUGGAGUGGUUGUGGUACAAGUAAAAUAUGAUAUUACAUUCUCUUUUUUCGUAGACCUUAAGAGUUCAGUUGAAGAGAUGUUUAGAUGGGUGUGGUGGCCUAUGCCUGUAAUACCAGCACUUUGGGAGGAUUGCUUGAGUCCAGGAGUUGGAGACGAGCCUGGGCAACUGAGUGAGAUCUCAUCUCUAC